CCAAAAACAUGCUAGGUUAAUUGGCGACUCCAAAUUGUCCAUAGGUAUGAAUGUGAGUGUGAAUGGUUGUUUGUCUAUAUGUGCCCUGUGAUUGGCUGGCCACCAGUCCAGGGUGUACCCCGCCUGAAGACAGCUGGGAUAGGCUCCAGCACCCCCCGCGACCCUUGUGAGGAUAAGCGGUAGAAAAUGAAUGAUUAAUUUUGUCUCUAUUUUUUUGUCUCUCAAUUUCCACUUUCGUUCACAGAAAUCACUUCUUUAUUCCAAGAAUUCCAGUUAGAAUUCCCCCGAAAUUACACAUUUUCCAAACACGAAAUUCCAACUGAAAUGAAUGGAGUCCUUUUACUUCUUCCAUCUUUCCGAACCGAAUCACAGCAUUCUAAUGUAACAUUCAGGGCAUACAGUAUGUGCUUGUCACUUUCUUAUUCCACAGCAAACCAUUCCAUCGUCAAAACAUUCAGGACAUUAAGGUGAGCAAUUUCUCACAUUCUGGAAAUUCAUACAUUUUCCAUAAUUCCAUAUUUUCUGUGACAAAAUGUGUAGAAUUGUUAAUGAAGUACUUCCACAUGUUCUAAUGGAUUCAAACAAUUCAAAUUGUUCAGCUCAUUUCAGAUGAAGGCCCACUUUUUUUUCACAAUUUCAGCACAGUGUCAACUGAAAUAUGCUUGCGCGUCUAUUACCAAUAUUACGGCAAGACACUGUGACGUAGCGGCACGCCUCCGCUUUGGAAUGACGCCAGCCAGCCGGACCGAGAGAAACUAAGGACGGCUUGACAGAACCGGCAUCUGCCCUACAGACAGCCAUUCACCUUAACGGCGGCCAUUCCGGUCCUGCAGCCAUUAACUUACCAAGACCCCGAUCCGGUGUCUUCUUCCUGAUGUCGAACCACCAACGAGAUAACGGUUACGUGGGCUCAGUCGAUUCCAAGAAAGACGUGAGGGUGAAUGAGAAGAAAUGCUCAUGGGCGUCUUACAUGACAAAUUCCCCCACCGUGAUCGUCAUGAUUGGCCUGCCUGCCAGAGGGAAGACAUACAUGUCCAAAAAGCUCACGCGGUACCUCAACUGGAUCGGCGUUCCCACCAAAGUGUUUAACCUGGGCGUGUACCGCAGGGAGGCCGUCAGAGCCUAUAAGUCCUACGACUUCUUCCGCCACGACAACGAGGAGGCCAUGAAGAUCAGGAAGCAAUGCGCUCUGGUGGCCCUGCAGGAUGUUAAGGUGUACCUUACAGACGAGGGAGGCCAGAUUGCUGUUUUUGACGCGACCAACACAACAAGAGAUCGCCGAGACCUUAUUCAAGCUUUUGUAAAGGAGAAUGCAUUUAAGGUGUUCUUCGUGGAGUCGGUGUGUGACGACCCUGAGGUCAUUGCUGCUAAUAUCAUGGAAGUCAAGGUGUCCAGUCCGGACUACCCCGAGAGGCACCGGGAGAGGGUCAUGGAUGACUUCCUGAAACGCAUAGAGUGCUACAAGGUGACUUACCAGCCAUUGGACCCCGAUGAUUAUGACAAGGACCUGUCUUUCAUCAAGGUGAUGAACGUUGGCCGGCGGUUCUUGGUAAACCGGGUGCAAGACUACAUCCAGAGUAAGAUCGUCUACUACCUCAUGAACAUCCACGUGCACUCGCACUCCAUCUAUCUGUGUCGUCACGGCGAGAGCAACCACAACGUCGAGGGUCGCAUCGGGGGAGAUGCCGAACUUUCUCCUCGUGGCAAACAGUUUGCCUGUGCCCUUCGGGACUUCAUCGAGGACCACGAGCUGUCAGACCUGAAGGUGUGGACGAGCCAGCUGAGACGCACCAUACAGACGGCAGAGGAGCUAGCUGUCCCGUACGAGCAGUGGAAAAUUCUCAAUGAGAUUGACGCGGGUGUUUGCGAGGAAAUGACUUAUGAGAUGAUUCAGAGGUCGUUUCCGGAGGAGUUUGCUUUGAGGGACCAAGACAAAUAUCACUAUCGCUAUCCUGGAGGGGAGUCGUACCAGGAUCUGGUCCAGCGUCUGGAGCCGGCCAUCAUGGAACUGGAGAGGCAAGGCAAUGUUCUGGUCGUCUGCCACCAGGCGGUCAUGCGCUGUCUUCUGGCCUACUUCCUGGAUAAAAGUGCAGAGGAUCUGCCCUACAUGAAAUGUCCGCUUCACACCGUCCUCAAACUCACCCCCGUGGCGUAUGGCUGUAAAGUGGAAAUGUUUUAUCUCAACGUGGAGGCGGUCAACACGCAUCGGGAUCGACCUCUUGCUAAAAUGACAAAGGAAUCUGCACUUUUACUACGGAGGAAUAGUUACACACCCUUGUCCAGUCAUGACCAGGUCAAGCGUCCCAGGCUGUACAGCGCUGGCAACCAGCCAUGGCUACCGCUUGCCCCCACCCCGUCGGCUCUGAUGCCCGAUGGACGGCCGAGCCAAGACUCCCUGUGUGAAGGAAUCCACUUUGACAGCCCCGAUGAAACGAGCGGCUGCAUCCGCUUUUGAGUGAAGAUGAAUUAUGAAUAUCUCAAUAGAAGAGCAAAUGCAGCCACUGGCUACAACAUUAGCUACACUUGCACACAUCUCAAAUGAGUUAAGUGCACAAAUUUAUUUGUGGGUUUGUUUUUGGAAAACUAUUUAUUCCAGUCAAACUCCCUAUUGGUUCAAAUAUACUAAUAAUAUUUCCUAUGGCAGGAAAUGAACAUUUGCAAACUACCAAGUUUUAAGUAACUAUCAUUCAAGUGUAAAAGGAGAACGUGUAUACUUCAGGGGGUGUUAGAUUUUUUAUCAAUCUGCUACAACUGUUGAAACUGUAAUAAACUAAAUUAAUCAAUAGGAGGCACAACCGGACUUUUGACUGUACUGUCAUCAAUGUACAUGAUAAACCGGCAUUAUUUUUUGCUAUGCAUCUCACAGAAAUGCAGGUGGGGCUGGGUUUAUAAUGUUUUGUGGUUAUGAAAUUUUGGAAGAAUAUGCACUGUGCAUGGCUGCAGAAUGCAACAUGUGUGGAAGGAUAGCGUGUGUACCUACACUUGCACUUAAUUGUUUCCUAAAUGGCAGAGCACAAAAGAAAAGGGAAAAAACUACAACCAUCCUUAAGAAUAAAGAUUACUGAUUACUAGAGGGGUCAUGGAUUCCAUGCACUGUUACAAGAUCUAGAAGAAGAGGUUAUCCUUCCUAACUAGCCUGAAUGUUACCAUAAAAAUAACCGUUCUACCAUUUUCCAUGUAUAUUAAUAGUCUAGGAAUGGAAGUGGUUCCUAAGCUGAGGACCACCUGCUUGUGUGCCUAUUGAAUGAAAUGGUCAGUGAAUGUAUCAUGGUCAUGUGAAAUGAAGGAACCAGUCAAGGAACAGAGGCUGAAAUGUUCAUAUAUUUGACUCUGAAUGCUUAUUCUUACAAAAUGAUGACUUAUCAGUAUUAUAAACCUGCCAUUCAAGAAACAAAUAGAAGGUGUACAGUAUUUAAGAGCUUCAGUCACAUGGAGACUUAAAGAAAAUAUUUUUCUUCAUAUUUAAGGGAAUUGGGAAGGGUUGGAAAUGCAAAAAUAUUCUUGUAGAUCCUGUGGUUGUGUGUGUAUUCGAUAUAAUUGGUACAUUUAUUUUGUUGGACUUCUCUACAAAAAGCAUGACGGAUGUGUGAAUUAUUUAUGUACAUUUUAGACAGUUGUAUCCUCUUAUAAUUGAAUGGAAGAUGAAUCAUGGAAGCCAGAAAUCAUUCAUUAGGAUGGGUAAGGUAAAUUGAUACCUGGUUUGUUCAGAUUGCCACUGCGAUGGAAGCCUACUUGUGCCUUUGUAGCUAAUAAAAGGGAAUUUUUACUGGAUUUUGUACAAUAAAAUGAACAGUUGACUUAUUUUGCAACAUCCAUAAUGUUUGUGGUUUCAUGGCCGUGUUUCAAAAAUACCAUUAAAGACUAUAAUUUUA